GGACAGCCAGCACUCUGGAACUGAGAAGCAUUACCCUCUAACCUCCUGAGCUUCUGGAGGUUCCCUCCUCCUGAAAGGACUUUAGUCUUUGGAGCUGUCGGAUGAGCUGAGUGAGAUAAGAGCUUGGCAGGCUGCGAAGGAAGGGAGGGGACACUUCUCCGCCACUUCUCCGCUGCCUGCUGACCCGUCAAGACUCACAUCAUGGAGCCAAAGGCGGCCCGAUUGCGGAGGGGAGAAGGGUUGAGAGGAGAGCAAGAGGACCGACCCUCGGCAGAAGGAAACUCUGAGAAGGACAGAGGCCUGGACUUGGUGCAAUGGACCCGCCAUAUGGAGGCCGUGAAGAUGCAGCUGUUGGAGCAAGCUCAGGGACCGCUGAUGGAGCUGCUGGACCGGGCCAUGUGGGAGGCCGUUCAGUCCUACCCACCGCAAGGUGGACCUCCGCCCUCGGCGCCUCCAGAUUCCUCGAGCAAGGCCCAGGAGCCAUCCCUGGGGAAACGGAAAAUUUUCAUCACCCGAAAGUCCCUGCUUGACGAGCUGAUGGAAGUGCAACAUUUCCGUACCAUCUAUCACAUGUUCAUCGCUGGCCUGUGUGUCUUCAUCAUCAGCACCCUGGCCAUCGACUUCAUCGACGAGGGCAGGCUGAUGCUGGAGUUUGACCUACUGAUCUUCAGCUUUGGACAGCUGCCCUUGGCGCUGAUGACGUGGGUCCCCAUGUUCCUGUCCACUCUGCUGGUGCCCUACCAGGCCCUGCGGCUAUGGGCGAGGCCCCGGGCUGGAGGGGCCUGGACGCUGGGGGUAGGCCUAGGCUGCGUGCUGCUGGCGGCCCACAACGCGGUGCUCUGCGUCCUCCCAGUCCACGUGGCCCUGAAGUAUCAGCUCCCGCCGGCUUCGCGCUGUGUCCUAGUGUUCGAGCAGGUCAGGCUCCUGAUGAAGAGCUACUCCUUCUUGAGAGAGGCUGUGCCUGGAGCCCUUUGUGCCAGAGUAGGAGACGGCAAACAAGCCCCCAGUUUCUCCAGCUACCUCUACUUCCUCUUCUGCCCUACACUCAUCUACAGGAAGACUUACCCCAGGACACCCAACGUCAGGUGGAAUUAUGUGGCCAAGAACUUCGCCCAGGCCCUGGGCUGCGUGCUGUAUGCCUGUUUCAUCCUGAGCCGUCUCUGCGUUCCUGUCUUUGCCAACAUGAGCCGGGAGCCCUUCAGUACUCGGGCCCUGGUGCUCUCCAUCAUGCAUGCCACGUUGCCAGGCAUCUUCAUGCUGCUGCUCAUCUUCUUUGCCUUCCUCCACUGCUGGCUCAACGCCUUCGCAGAGAUGCUACGAUUUGGAGACAGAAUGUUCUACCGGGACUGGUGGAACUCAACGUCCUUCUCCAACUACUACCGCACUUGGAAUGUGGUGGUCCAUGACUGGCUAUACAGCUACGUCUAUCAAGAUGGGCUGUGGCUCCUUGGCGGCCGGGCCCGAGGGGCCGCCAUGCUGGGUGUGUUCCUGGUUUCUGCCGUGGUCCAUGAGUACAUCUUCUGCUUUGUCCUGGGAUUCUUCUACCCCGUCAUGCUGAUACUCUUCUUAGUUAUUGGAGGGCUGAUGAACUUCAUGAUGCAUGACCGGCACACGGGCCCAGCGUGGAAUGUGUUAAUGUGGACCAUGCUCUUUCUGGGCCAAGGCAUCCAGGUCAGCCUGUACUGCCAGGAAUGGUACGCUCGGCGACACUGCCCCCUCCCCCAGACGACCUUCUGGGGGCUGGUGACACCUCGAUCUUGGUCCUGCCAUACCUAGAGAUCAGAGCACCCUCACUGCCCAGAUGAUACCACCAAGUUCUUCUCUGCCUGCAAAGCCCGGGACCAGGGUGCCCCUCCCUGCACUCCUGGAUCUAGCUCCAAGUCAAGGGGGCCUGGCAGGCAUGACCAGGGAACUCCAGAGACGGAGAUCCAUGGACCCAGAGGGCCACUGAGCACAGACACGGAAUGGUGGUAGCUCUUGAGCCUCCAGCCCCCUAGAGCAGGCACAGGGUCCACUCCUACCUCAUGACUGUCCAGACUUGGGAAGAUUUGAAGGAUCUUACAGAUCUGGUCAAUGCAAGGUGACCUAAAGAAGCCGGGACCGCCAAGGUUUGAGAAGGGUUUGGCUGGCGUUUUGUACUGUUACCAGUACAAUAAUAAACUGUGUCUCUUUUUAUUCA